AUGCCAUCAGGUGCCAAGAAGCGAAAAGCUGCUGCUGCGAAGAAAAAGAAGGGAUCAGGGAGUCAUUCCAACAAUAAUAAUAAUAAUAAUAAUCAGAAGAACAACAACCAACAGCCUCAAAUUCACGGAGAUGAAGAUUUGAAGCACCAUGAUGGUAAGGAAAGUGAGGGCGAGGAUGGUGGUUCUCCAUCCUCACAUCACCAGCAUCAGUCCACUGAUGAGGAGAAGGAGGAUGUUGGAAGGGCCGAUGAUAGCACGCAAGGUCAGUCAAUAGCCGUGGAGAACAAAUCUGCUGAAGAAACUAAAGAAAAUGGUGCAUCAGUGACAAGUGAAGUCCUUGAUAACAGCAUUGCAUCCGAGGAGUUGUUGAAGGAUGUUGAUCCUCAGAAGGAAUCGGAUAAUGGAGUUCUGUCACAACCUGUGAACGAAGAGGCUAUUAUACCAAUUGAAACUAAAAGUGAACCUUCUGAAAAGUUGGACGAAAUUUCAGCUGUUCAGUCCAUUGAACAUGGAACAGAUUCCAGUGACAACGUAAUUGUCGAAUCCCAUGUAAAGGACAAUAUGAAUGUUGUGCUGGAUAAUUCUCCAUUUGCUAGUUCCACCGAGGCUGCUAAUAUGCUGCCCGAAGGCCUGACUCAAGUAGCUAAUACUGUUCCAGUUGAGGAGACUCAUGGAUCACUGGUAGAAUCUGGAGUGGGUAUUGUUUCUGAUUAUUCUGGUCCGGGACAAGAACAGGUUAGCAUAGACAAUGUUACUUCUGGUGAUAGUUUUGUGCCAAUCAAAGGUGGAAGUGAUGAAAAUGGGAAGAAAGAGGCUGAUGCAUCGGAGCUGAAGGACAAGAGUUCUCUUACCUUUACUCUCGAGGAUCCGGGCUUUGCGGAUGACAACGAUGAAUCUGGAGUUGCAACAAAUGCUGCUGUUGUAGUUCCAGACGCAAAGAGCUCUGCUACCCAAGAGAAUAAAGAAGUGUUCAUUUCAGGUAUUUCAAGAAGAGAGGAGGUGGCAAAUGUUGGUACUGUAAAUAGUGGUGAUGACUCUAUAAAAAAUCUGGAAGUCAACGAGUCCUCUGUUAAUCAGCCCCUGCUUGGACAUGCUGCUCAGCCCGUGCAGAAAACUUCAUGGACGAGUUGCUGUGGAUUGACUGAGGAGAGGUUCUGUAUCUUGUUGUAUCCUUGGGUGAGAUUUAAGUUGGUAAUGUUGCAAAUCUUAAUGUUUGGUUAUGUGGCACUGUAUGUAGAGAGAGCACAGAGAGUUGUUCCCCUUGACGCUGAGAAACGUGUAACAGAACCAGCUCUAGAAGACCUGAAGCUCGUCGUCCUUACAUUUUCAGUAGUGGAUAGGAAUCGAUCUACACAAGAACUCAUUGAAACAAAUCAGACAGAAUCAGGUUUUGUAGACAUUGGAUACAUUUGUAGUGUUCAUGGGCUUCAAGGGGAAGUUCGGGUAAAGCCUAUCACUGAUUUUCCUGAACUGCGGUUUGCCCAGCCAGGAAGACGGUGGUUGCGGCAGCAAGUUUCUGGGAGAGAGAUAAUUAAAGAAAUUCAGCUGGUGGAGGGAAGAGGGCACCAAGGACAGCAAAGUUGGAUAGUUAGAUUUAAUGAAAUUGAUACCGUGGAUGAGGCUUUGAAGCUGGUUGGGUCAACCGUAAUGGUUUCAGAACAAGAUAGACCGGAGUUGGAUGAAGGGGAGUUUUAUACUCAUGACCUCAUAGGCAUGAGAGUUAUUCUUAAGGAAACCGGAGAGUCUCUAGGAACUGUUGUUAGUGUUUUCAAUAGCGGAGCUAGCGACCUUUUACGUGUCAAACUCGAUUCAUCAGGUGGCAAACCAGGAAAACCUAGACAGGAAGUAGGGAAUAAUGGCCCUCUUGUUUGGAUUCCUUUUGUUGAAGCAAUUGUUCCAGAUGUAGAUGUAACAAAGAGAGAAAUGCAAAUAACACCUCCAGAUGGGUUGCUGGAAUUAAAUAUCCGCUCUGAUGAGAGAUCCAAGAAAGAAAGGCGGCAACUUGAGUGGAAAGAAAGGAAGAAGUUUCAAAAGCGUGUAAUAGCAGCCAAGAAAAAGCUCUGCGAAUUGGAACAGCAACAUGUUUUUAAUGGCUUUGGACAUGGAGAGAAGUCCCAAGCAAGAUUACUUGCGGAACAAAUAGUUACUGUGAAUUCAAAACUUCUUCAACAAGCAUUACAAAUGCAUACUGUGAGUUCAACUGAUGCGAAAAAGGCUUUGAGAGUUGUUGACAAAUGUUUCAAUACAAAUAUCAAGAAGCAGUCUGAUUUAUAUUGUGAAUUGCAAGAAAAAGGUUUUUCCCUCACAUCUCAUGGCAAGGUUGCCACCAUCUUGGUUUUCGAGGGCAAUGAAGAACCUGGAGUUUUUUCUGAACACUCAUCCACUGAUCCUGACAGAAGUGACGCAGUUUCGUCUACAGAAGAACUAUUAUCUGAAAAUGAAAUACUAGUGAAGGCAGAUGUACGUCCUUUUGUACCACUGAUAUUGGUUUCUCCAGCUAAUGUACUUACUUCUCUUCAAGAAAUGUUCAUCAACCACGAAUACUUUUCUUUGGACUCUGAUAAGGUUUGGUUCCUGGAAGAAGAGAGGCUUCCGGUUGUCAGCAAUUCAGUUGGAGAACCCAAAAGGCACAAGAUUCUGAUGAAAUCUCCUUGGGAGAUACUCCAGACACCAGUAGGAUCUGGAGGGAUUAUAAGCUUACUGGCAUCAAACAAGUUGUUGGAUGAUCUCAGCACACUAGGUGUGGAGUAUGUCAAGGUUUGCAAGAACAGAUUUAGAAGCGAAAAUGGAGACGCGCUAGUCGGACUUGUUGCUUCGACCAAAAGCAACGUGGGAAUUGAAGUCUGUAAAGACUUGGACGAGUCUGAGGAGGAUCUUCACAUGGUAUUUGCCAUAAAAUUUAUGAAGAAACUAGUGAACCAGAUGAGUAAAGUCCAUUUUGAAGCUAUCCCAACAGCAAACUCAUACACGGAAAAGGUCGAGAAAGCGUGGAUCGACAUGGUUCCAACAUCACCUAAUUCGUUGGAGUUUCGCAGUUCAAUAUUCAGUUUCUUGAAGUCUUGCCGUUCAAAUGAGAUCUCUGUAUUGCGGGUCGAUGAGUAA